AUGGCGAACACGACAUCAUCACCACUCAUCAUCGUUGUAUCCGGUGGUGGACCGGUUGCACUCAUCUUUUCACUUAUUCUUGCUGUGAUGAUGGGUAAACAUGUCAAGAUUAUUAUUUAUGAACGUCGAUGGUUUGUUGAUGAACAUGGUGUUAUUCGUUGGCAAGGUGAAGAACAAGGCAACACUCGUCGUGGUCAAGUUGUCACUUUACAAGAUCAUGUUAUAGAACAAAUGCCUUCUUUUAUUCAAGAAGGUCUGUUUCAAAAUAUAGACGAACGUGUAUGGCCAACAUCACGAAAUAUUCCAAUAAGAGAAGUUGAAGAUCGGCUUUUUGAUCUAAUUCAGCCGUUUGUUCAAAAUGGUCAAGUAGAAUUAAUUCCUGAAAAAUUAAAUGAACAAUCUAAACACUUAAUUGAAAGUAGUGAUUUUGAUGUAUUAGUGGGUGCCGAUGGAUCGAAUUCGUUUGUUCGUAAAUACUGUAAGAUUGAAAUGGUCAAUGAUGGCAUCGAGCAUGCAUGUGGUGUAGCAUAUGAUGUACCCGAAGAAGUGCCAGCAUCGGAUGAACCUCUCCAUCAAGCACUUAAUUGUAUAUUAACGAUGUCACAAACACGUUAUUCAGUGAGUUCUUCAGCGAGCCGUCGAGGUUAUCUCUAUAUUCGUUUAACUCCAGAUGAACAUGAAAAAUUAGAUAAAUGUGUAAAAGAAUUCAAAGAUCAUAAUAAAUUAUUAAAUUUAUUAGACUAUAACAAAUGUCCAAAUUCACCUGUAUGGUCAAUUGUUCGACAAGGAUUGGACUUUUUUAAAAUAUCUCCAAAAUAUGUUUUUCGUGUUGUACCAAUCGAGAUUAACGUUCAGCAUGCAUCAAUUGUGGUCCGAGAACUUCAUUUUGAAAUUAAUGAAGCACAACCAACAACAUCGACAACAGAGACUGUAUGUGGCAGUGCGAUAAAACAAUCUAAGACAAUGCUAGCAUGUCUUGUUGGGGAUGCGGCAAUGAAUGUACAUUUCUGGCCCGGUCGAGGUAUGAACAGUGGAAUGACAGCAGCUAUGGCACUUGCACGAAAUAUUCUUCGUACGUGUACAUCUAAAACAUCACCUUAUUCAAUCGAAGUUCGUACUCCACUUCAAUUUCUUGAUUUUCUCGACUAUGAAAGUUUCAUGGCUCGUCUAAGAGCACGUGAGCAACAAGGUCGUUCAUUACGUAUUGUUAAGAAUCCAAUCAGUGCGAGUGUUAAAAAAGCUCAUAUCUAUGCUCAUUUGAAUUAUUGUUAUGACAGAUAUAUAGAGAACUUGAAUAAAAAAUUGAAAGAGGCAAGAUUACAUCUUGAGAAACAAUCCAAUUGGCCUCAUCAAACAAGACCAGUAACCGAUGAUGAAUUACAAUCUGCAUGUAACCGAAUUCACCCUAAUGCUGUUGCUCAACUUUCAUUAGCUAAUCCAUGGCCAACACGAGAGAUGAGCGGUACUGAAGUUCGUGUCGAGGAAUUUUUUCCAUUGAAUCAGCAACAAUUUUUACCUGUACCAUCGAUAAAAGAAGUUACGUCAAAUCGUCGACGAAGUUUACAUGAACAAACGAUUGAAGAAGUUAUUUCAAAUCAUCGACGAAGCAGUAUCAUUCGACGUCGCUUUCUCAUUUUAUGGAUCACUGGUGACAUGAUAAGUGAAAAUACGAAAAAAAUUAUUGAUUCAAUUCAGAAUUCUCCUACUUUCGCCGAUCCAUCAACAACAGCAGCAGUGAUGACAACUAAUCAGCCGCAGAAUCCAUCCAUGGGAAGUUUUCACGAACUACAUGUAGUUUGUACUAUAGAAGAAGCUCGAAAGUGGAUAGCAGAGAAUGAUAAAUAUUUAAGAGCACAUGACACUCUCUUCAAAGUGAUUACUACAUGGUCGCUUAACAAAAGAGAAACGGCAGUCGAUGUAAUUCGAGCAGUUGCAACACGUGUUCCUGUAUUAAUUUUCACAGAUAAACUGGAAGAAACACAACCAACACCUCAAUUUCCAAAUGUUAUUGCUACUGCUGAAGUAUAUGAGUUGUAUAGAUUUGUCGGUAUUAAACAAGAGACACAUUGGAAUCCAGGCUGUCCAGUAUUAUCAGAACAUCAACUGAUGUGUGGAGGUCGUCCUUGUGAAAAAUGUCAUCGGUGUCGUGAUUGGCAUUUUACCGGAGAUCAAGACACAUGGACAUGGAUCAUCAAUUGGAAGAAUUGGACACCCAAUGAACGGGAGCGUUUUCAAAGUCAUUUUAUUUAUAACAAUUUUACAAAACGUGAUGGUGCCACAUGUAGUCGUGUUGUUCUUUCUCUUCUUCUUCUUCCUGAUCAUCUGUGUGUUUGUGACUCACAUUAA